AUGAGCGUUUCAAAGUACUUUCCCGUGCAUGUCUCCACUUCGCAAAAGAUUAUUAUACUGUCCGUGUCAGCCGGGGUUGCACUUUUGGGUGCACUCGCGGCAUAUCUUGGUCGGCGGAGAACACCACUGCCACAGCAACGCCGGAUUCGUAAACCUUGCAACAGGAGGACGCGAAAUAGCGUUCGCAGUCCGAACGACAUAAUGUCAGUGGCGGGCUCAAAAGUGUCCGCCAGAUCAUACAGUCCCAGCGGAUCAGUGCACGCUAUUUCAGAUCGGAUGUCCCUUGCUUCGGGAUCUUUGGUUGGGGCUGGUGGAACGGUGGGUGCAGUAGGGACAAUCGCGCUUUUAGGAAAUUCUACGCCUCUCACUCCACAGCAGCUGGGUGUGAUGGGGAUGGAGGCUCUCGAGAACGUCGUCAGCUGCUGGGAGGACGCUUUAAGCGGACGGAACAACAUGGACAUCCCGGGACGCGCGAAUGCCGAACAGGAUGAAUUUUGUCGCGAAAUUCAAAACCUUCUCGAGGCUGCAUACAAUCUCCAGGAGCAAGGUGAGCUACUGUUCCUGGAUGAACGAUCCGUGCUCUACCGGGACGAUGACCGAAAGGCCAUCACCAGCGGAGAACACGGGUUAACGAACGGUCAUCGGUCGGGAUCGGAUCCCAAUUUCGAUUCGGCAGAAAGCUUUGCUUCUGCCCUCGACCAGGUUGCCGACUUGCGCGAAUUCGAUGACACAGAAUCGUUCAUGGAUCUUGAACAGUAUCCGCUGUACUCGAAUGCGCUUGAAGUGAUGAAUGAGCAGCAAAUUCCGUAUCGAACACUGCGAACCGACAUGGUUGGCUGUGGGUCAGAUGCGGAGUACCUUGCCAAGCUGCAUUGUAUCCGGUUAGCAUUUAAGCUACUUUUCAAGGAUCCCAAAAACUGCCGCUGGGUGGCAGACACGGGAAGACAGAUUUUAACCGAUCUGCUGUGUCUUGGUGAUAAAGAUCCAAAAGAUUUCCACGUGGCAUACGAAUCCAUGUUGGAAUAUUUACAAAACGUGAGCAACUGGAACGACAUAGAGAUCGAACUCGAAUCACGCAACGUGAAAGCGAUGACAUUCUAUGACGUAGUACUGGAUUUUAUCAUCUUGGAUGCGUUUCGCGAUCUGGAGCAACUGCCGAACAGCGUUCAAGCGGUGGUUAACAAUCGGUUCUUGUCGAACCGCUUCAAAGAAUCUGCUUUGACGACAGCCGUGUGGUCGGUACUAAAAGCAAAGAAACGGAUGCUUAAAAAUCCGAACGGAUUCAUGUCGCACUUUUACUGCAUAACUGAACAGUUAUCGCCGCUAAUGGUGUGCGGUUUUUUCGGCCCGGACGAAAAUCUAAAGGAGGUCUGUAAGUGUUUCAAAGAUGAAACCGUUAACUUCCUGGCGGACAUUUACAGCUUCCAAAAGUGUCGUUACACAACGGUGGAGGAACUCGCGGAGGACAUACACGAAAACAUGCGACAACGUGUUAAUAAUAUAAACGUCAAAUUCAAUCAUUAGACCAGCAGAACGGCUGCGGACGAUGUUUCUUUUUUGAUUCGUUUUACUUUACGACUUUACGUGGUGUAGAGGGUCUCCACGUGGAGGGUUAUUGUUGGUUGUUUUUUGCUUGUUUGCUUUUUUUUCGAUUUUCUUCGCUAGGUUUAAAUCAACCAAAUGGGAUGUAAGGUACUUUUUUCAGGUGUAAAAUAUGUAUAAUUCUACACAAAUAGCACUUUAGCAGUAGCAAACUUGAACUGUAGCGAACCAAACGUGACAAAAUGCGAUCAGGUAGAGGUAGUAUAACAAAUAUAAAAUAA